UGCAAGAUGGCGUCAAGUAGGCCUUCGAGCAGAAGUAGAAAACCGAAGCGUCCAUCUAGCCCUGCCGUGGCCUCCGCUCCUCCAAGCAAGCGAAAAAGACCUUUAACUGUAAGUUAAUCUAUUUGUAAAACAUUUAAAUUCAGUUUUGUAAUGUUUUCUUUUGCUUUAGCCCUGUGUAGCUGACGAGUUAGAUUCAACAUCAAGUAGUCCGUCAUCAUAUAGUGCUGUCAGCGAGGCCAGUACUCAGCCAAACGGCCACUUUGUGUUCAAAGAUUCUAAUUUCGAAGUAAGUUUGGUUACUAUACUAUAAAUAUUUUUGUAGUAGAAAUAAGAGGUAAUUUGUGUCUUCUCAAAGAUGUAUAUGAUUAAAACAUAUGAUAAAUUUUGUUCAUACUUCAGCACUCUGGUGUCAAUGCAGGCAAGAAAAGGAUAUGGAAAAAUUUAAAACAAAUAAUGACGUUAGAAAGGGGACUGCCAUGGAAACAAGAUGAUCCAACAUGUAAGUAGCCCAGCUUAUGGUUAUCAUUUAUUUUAUCUCUCAGUCAGUUUAUGCGCCAUGAUUGGUCAACUUAGCCAGCCGUAUUUCACAAUUUGGCCCACAAAUUUUUUUAUUUUUUUAAUUGAAAUCUUUCCUCCUCUUCCAUUUGAACUCAAAGAUACAAUAAAUAUUUUACUAACCUUAUUUUCUUGGUCCAUACCGUACGUUACAGAACUUUUCAGUCCAAACUAUUUUACCUUAGGACCAGCAACAAAUGAUCUUCUAAGGAAAAUAGGUAUUAAAAAUAAGUACAUGUGCACCUUUUGGGAAGCUGAAUUAGAGAACCUAACUCACCUGUUUUGAUUUUGUACCAUUUGGAAAAAGUUUAAGUAAUGGUUGGUAAAUGACAAACACUUUGCAACACUACAGGAUACAGACCUUAUCAGAACUUAUCCUUCAUAAUUGGUUUGAGACCUAAUGCUUUCAAAAACAAAAUUAAUCCAUCUCUAUUUUUAGUUGUGAGAUAUUUGAUCCAAAUUUGUUGAAUAGGAGAUUGAGUACCCAGUUCUGUGUUUUCUCUUCCUUUAUAACCUCAUUUUCACUGUCUCACAAAUUGUCUCUUGAGCCUCUUUCCUCUGGCAUUUUAUGUUGAAACAGCCUACAGUAGAUUAAAGCAAAAAGCCAUGUAGUUGUAUCCUCUUAAUUUUUUUUUUCUCUUAAGUGAUGUCCAUAUAGUAUUGUCUGUAAUUUAAAUGUAUCACAAAAUAAUAGUAAUUAUAAUAAUAAUAAUGAAAAAAGGAAGUUACAAAUUCUCAGUUUUUUUACCUGGAUUUAUGGUCCCUCACACAGUGUGCUAGAGGGCUCUAAGUCUGAGCAGAAAAAGCUUGGUCCAUAAGUUACAGUGCAGACCUCAAACUCAGUUAGUAAAUGGUAUCUCUUGAGCCCUAAGGUACACCAAGGGUUAAGCUGGAUAGAAUGUUAAGCAUGACUUGGUUUUUCAGUGGUAAUCUCAUUUUGUAUCUCCAGACAGCAGCAUAGAUGCCCCACCUUCAUUCAAACCAGCCAAAAAAUAUGCCGACCUCUCUGGCUUACCAGUAAGUAGUAUUUGAAUGACAUUCCCAUUUUUUAGUAUUUAUUUGUAAAUGGUCUUGAUAGUUCAUUGACUCCCUGUCAUUGCGUCUGAACAAGUCAGAUGCAAGAGAUGAUGAAGUUUCAGAUUUUAUUGACUUGAGUGAAAAGGAAUCAGUGUGAAAUUGUUUUUUGGCAGAGAAAUACAUUGUAGUUUAACACUGACAGAGUCUGAUUCUGUUUUCUGUUUAUGUUUUUCAUCAUUUAUGAAAUGUAGGUUUAAUUUAGCUAAUCCAGCCUCUGACCUUGUGUUAUGAUCUGUUUUAGUUUUUUUCUUCUGGAUUGUUAUUUUUUGUGUAAAUUAGGAACAAACUUUUUGGCAGAUCAAGGUGACUGACUUUCCUGCAGGGAACUAGUUUUUGUUAACUAUCCUCUUUAAGCACUAGAGCAUUAACAAGGAGAAGAAACAAUUAUUUCAACUUAAACAGUUUUGCAGGUAGUUGUACAGAGUUGUACUUUUUCACAUUCUGAAUUCCACACCUAAGGUGUCCAUUUUUUGGGAUGUCCUAGUGUGUACAUUAUGUGUGGGGAUUGUGACCAGUCAGUAAAGAUCAGAGCUACAAAAAUGUUAGGCUGCAAGGCAUUUAAGAUUUUUGUCAAGGAUAAAAAAUCAAAUUCUUGUCCUUUUCAGGCUAAAUACAAAGACCCGAGAACUGGAAUACAAUACAACAACUCCAUGGAAUUUGGUUCAAUUCGUAGUUUGCCUAUGGAUAUUGUUAGCGGGUAUCUGACCUUGCGGAAAGCGGCACCUACAUGAAUUAAGUUAGUUGUAUAUUGAAUUUUGGAUGUUAAUUUAAUCAUGUAAAUAGUUGAAAUAAAAAAAGAACUCAAGUUAUUUCUGUGAAAUAGUGUGUCUUUCCUUGAGUUGGUUUUUGAUUUUGAUGCGUAAAAAACAAAGUGCUUAGUUUCAAGAAAUUUUAUUCAGCUUUCUUUCAAGCCCCUCUUCCCCCUACCCUUUCGUCUUCCCUCUUCAAGGAUUCAAUGAUGUCACAUCACCUGUCACGCAAUCCUGUGAUAAACCUGGUAACAACAUGGCAGGCGAUGAGCACCAUGUAAACAAAGGCAAAUUUUACCUGCAAGGUGAAGGUAUGAACGAUAAGUCGAGGGAACUUUACGAAAGAAACGCUUUGGGGAACAUUGUCUCGCACCUAUUUCCGGGGUAUGGAGAGUUCUAUGCGGUUCCGUGGACAGCAAAGAAAGAGAUUUUCGAACUUUUGUCAGUGUUCGUCAAAAAUGGUUGUGAUACUUUCGAAUACGUUGGAAGUUUACGUAAGAAUGGGGGAAUCUUGGCGGAAGAGACGAGUGACUUAUUGCAUGUUUUGAAACCUCAUAUGCACAGUAGCUCAAAGAAAGAAGUAAACAGAUAUUUAACUGCGCUAAAGCAACCAUUUUCGCGCCGUGUGAGUGAACUUUUUAUUGAUGACUUUGUUGGCCGUCCAGAGGGAAAGAUUUUUGGCUGGAUCGAUUUAGGGACAACGCAGAUUGAGUACGUGGACCCUGUUAAGCUUACUGCAAGAGUGAACAAGUCGAGAAUUGAUCAAGAGUGUUCGCAGCUUGCGGGGAAAACACACAUAUACGUAAUUUGUAAGGUGGGGAUAGCCAUUGACUUACAGUGAUUUUCCAGCUAAUAUUUUCUCAUAUGAUAUCUUCCGAAUUAUAGGCUCCAUAUGUUGGUGGUCUUUCCUAGGGGGCUCUGUAUACUCUCCUAACCUUAAGAUAAAUAAUAAAAAAUAUCCAAUCCUGUGGUGUUGUUACAUACAGUGUUGCCCUUAAUAAUAGUCAGAGGGAUUCAAACCACGAGCAAACUUGAGUGGACCUACAUGUGCCCGAGGCAAAUGGUGGGUGUUAAAUUAAACUGGCUCCCCAGGGUUUUUUUUUAAAGGAGAGGAUGAUUGCAAUCGGUUCAGCAGAGUGCAGAAUGUAAUCUGAAAUGAAAUCUUUAGUGAAAAGGAAAGGAUAUGAAGUUUGGAAUCUUCAUGGUAAUUGUGAAGAACAGCUCCUUGAAAAACCUGGUUGGCUGACAGUUGACCAACCUUCGGCUGACAGGUUAUAAUUACCAAUUGACAAUAUACUCGGAUACCUAUGGGCCAACAAGUUUACUUAAAAUUGUCGGCCAACAAGUUUUUCAAGGGAGUUCUUCUUCACAAUUACAGCCUUCUGGAUGCACCCUUUGUGUCUUUUAAUCAUUUUGUACAUGCAUUUAUUAAGAACACCCUCAUUAUAGGAAAGUUUUCCCAUUGGACAAACAAAACAAAGCAACUCUUUCUAAAUAUACUUUUGUUUGGAGGUCUCUGUUCAAGAUUUCCUAAGAGGCAAGAUAUUUUUUGGUUCUUUGUCAUUAUUAAAUGUUAAGAGACUAUUAACACAUUUUAAACAACAUACAAACAAAAAAUUAGACUGAUGUAAAAUUUGUAAAUGUAUGGUUGCCUACCCUACCAUUAUGUAAUCAGUGUGUAACCCAAAUUAACAUAAAUACUACCAUAAAUGUUCUUCAUUUCAACAGAAUUUUUCACUUUGUUUGUAGGUAUGUGACUCUGAAAGACUCCAUUACUAUCCAGCUGUCGAAUACAGAUCAAAUUCGUGGCUUGGUAAUGAUAAAUCAUUACUAGAAAACCAAAUCAGACUUUGCACCAAGUCUUUGGAUAGAUGUUGUAUUUCUCUGGAUGUGAGAGGUCCAAGAGCAUUAAGUGUCUGCCGCAUCCCACUGACCUGUGGUGGGAUACUUGGCAUACCCAUGUAUGAUGUCAAACUUACCUCAACGAACUGUUUUAGGACAGAUUGGGAAGGAAAAACGUUUUUUGCUCAAGGUAAACUCAUUCAUUGCUUACAUUCUCAAAGGUGAAGGGCAGCCAAAUGUAAAUCAGGUUCUCAUGCAGGCAUUCUACUGCCCUAAAUUGUGUCUACACAAUUACCCAUGAGACUGAGCUGUUUAUUUGUUUGUGUUUGAUACAAUUUGGAAAAGCUGCAAAUAGUGUGCAACAUAAUCUAUAAACAGUGAAAAAGUGCCCUCUUAGCUCUUUCCUCCUGGCUAAUAUGAUCAAUUAGCUGGGAUAUGUGUUCCAAUUAAUUGAGGACACAUCUACCUUAGUUUGUAUGCUGUUACAAGAUGUAAUGUUUCACUGAGCUGAUCUUUCCUGUAUGAUAUACACAGUAUCUUGUUUCACCAUCUACAAUUAGGUCUUUUGCCUCACUGACGAUUGUUUUCAACUGUCCAUCCUUAUAGGAUGUUGACUGACUGCUGUCAGAUCUGGCAGAACUUCUAAAGACCUGUAUGUGAGCUUAAGAUUUGCUGCACUGGACACAGUGCAGGUAGAUUAUAACAUUCUUAGGACCUUGCGGGAUAUCAUAAACUGCAAUACAGAAAAAUUUAUAGCCAGUGAACACCUGGUACUGAAUACUGAGCAUAAAAACCAGCGACAGCAUUUGGUAAUCAUUUAAUUUACUUUUAAAGUCACUGGUUUUUAAUGAAUCAUUUGGUUUGUAGUGCUAAUUUCUGUUUACAUUUUACAGUCAUACUGUGAGAUUAUUCUGGGAAACUUUACAUUAUUGAAACAGGGAACAUAUAACUAAAAAACUCAUACACUUUCAUGUGAUACUUUAGAACUUGAUUUUGAGUUUGUUAACUGGUUGACAUCCCAAGUACAAGGCAUGAGAACCAAACAUUUCUGGCAGCCUGCACUGAGAAAGCUGUUUAGUUUUCCUGCGAUAGAUGAUAGACAGGUGGCACUGGAGUUUUUGCUUGAAACCAUGAAGAAAUUUCAGGUAAUCAUUUAUUUUAAUAUUGUGUGUAGUAUAGCUUGUAGAACAGGUGCUGGGAUAGGUGGGUAAGAUUGGGUCUCACUGACUUUCAGUGUUUAUUGAGCAGGCUCUUAAACUUUUAACCAUGAGGUAAUGUGCACUAGUAGUGGAGAAGCUAACAACAGUCAGCAAUGUCUCAAAAUUAAAGCCUGGGCUUGGGUCAUCAUCAACAAAGUCAUUUAAAAAGUUCUCUUCUCUUGUGAAUGGAUUUAGUUCUUGAAAUGGAUUGAUCAAAUCAGCCGUCAGUGAUGUUGUUUUUUUGAGACACUUAAUAUGCUGGCUUAUUAUGCUGGUUUAAUACUUUGUCUUUUUGUGGUGAAUACAUAAUUUGUGAGGUAAAUAACUCAUGCAAAAAGGUGUUUGGGUUAUUUAAUGUGGAGAGAAUAAGGCAGCUUAAGUUGUGGACAGACUUUUAAACUGAAUUUUGUCUUAUGCAUUUCUUUGCAGACAGAAGAGGAAGGUAACAUCCAACUGGUUGAUCUGUCCUUUGUGAUUUCCAAUCCCCCUCCAUGUUUGAUGUCCAGUCCCUUUAUCCUAGCCUCAUUUCUGAGAGGGGCUGGUAUUGUCUUGACUUCUUCUCAGGAGGCUGAUGAUGGUGAGAGAUAUGAAGAACAAGUAGUAUUUCAACCAGAAAAUUGCCAAGAGUAUUUGGGAAUUUUGGAAGCUCUUCUCACAGUGCUUGUGAAAGGUAUGUCUUAGAACAGCUUCGGCCACUCAUAAUGUGUAGCAGUUGCAGUAUUAAGUGAAGGGCUAAAUUGAUUUAGGUUAGCGGCCACUGACUCAGGUUUGCCAAGGUCUCCGCGCUUAAGGUAAAUUCAACGGAGAAAAAACUUUGCGAUUACAUUCUAACAGGCGCGGGCCCGAGUUAAAAAUCGUCCUAACUUUUGAAAUAGGCUACAGAACAGUAGCCCUUUGAAUUAUUGCUAAUUUCUUUCUGGCCACAGAAUUGAGGAAGAUGUUUUUUUAAAACAGUUUGAAACUGCCAUACGCACUUUGAAAUAAAACUGAUUUUAACUCUCACUUAGGUGUUGUAACAGAAGAGCAGGGAAAAUGCGUUUCCCAGCUUCUUGCUACAGAAGUAGUCUCUCUACAAGAACUGGUACGUGAUUUUCAUCCCAAGACCUCACCCAAAAUAAUCAGAUAUACAGUUUACAAAGCUUUCGAUAAUUUACAACUUCUAAUACUCUGGCGCCAUCGAUUCAGUCAGUGUAGCGUUGUCUAGUCAAAAGUUUUUUUGUAUUUAACGGAAGCUUUCAGUUUUCAGACUUUCAGUCUCAGGCAUCUUUUUUAUGUGAAAAUGAGUUUUGACAAUAUGUAUUUUUAUACAGAGACAACCACCUUAAAAUAAUUUUACAUUGCUUUGCCAAAAGGAAACCCAUUUUCAUAAUCUACGAAGCCGCGUGCGGAAAAAGGGGUGUGUAUGGAGAUAGUUUUUUGAUUAAUUGAACAACUGGAAAACCACUUGAAAGCUGUCGAAUGUAACCAAAUAGUUGUUAUCAGUCAACUGAAAAAAUAACUUUCUUUCAAUUCUGUUUGUUUUUUUGUGUUUUAGUUUUACACGCAGAUGGGCUGCAUAUGCUCGCCAUGGAAAAGCCUAGACCCAUGCGAAAAGCCUUUGUCGGAAUUAUGGAAAAAUCCCUCAAGGACAAGAAAUUUCCUGAAAAGCCUGGGACUUCAAGAGAUUUACCAAGGAAACCAAGUGGUUGUUAUCUGCCCCGAGGACUGCCAGUUACUGAACAUUUUAGCGUUAUUUUUCGGAAACAUUGACUAA